CUAUCAUAGAAACUGAACUUGGUAAUUACAAUCCGGAUUAACUGCAGUCUAGGGGGAACCAUAUCCGGGUGACCUCUCUUAACCUGAAUACAACAGUUUACUUGCUUUGUUAGUUUGUUAGUUUAGACUUGCAUUAAAGUUUCAUUGCUAGAUAACAAGAAUUCACCGAGUAGUCAUCAAAUCUAGGACCCGGGUUGACAUUUAAACCUAAGGCCGCUAUACUACGCUUUAGGAAGUGGUUUCACUUGGCCAAUUCCUGGAGUGAUAGUAGAAGUGAGUCAAGUUUUUGGCGCCGUUGCCGGGGACGGCUAGGUUGUUGAAGAAAAGUGAUUUCUAUUAAUUUAGCUUUUCUUUUUGUUUUGUUUGCUUUGUCCCACUUGUGCCUUCACGGGUUUGCUUGCUUGAGUGUGUGCAGGUAGUGCAUGGCCCGUAGCCAGUCUGGAGGUUUACUGCCGUUGAAUUCAGAGAUUGAUCGCACCUGUCGCCAACUCAGGAGACAACAGCGAGCUAGACUGGCUAUGGAAGAGAGCAUAGACGGCCACCUGAGUAGCGAUUCUAAAGAAGAGUACGGGAUGGACGGAGACUACAAUCAGCACCAGGGGAAUCCUCAGCAGGCUCCCCCGGUGAAUCAGGUCCUGGGGAACAACCCCAUACCCCAGGAUCAUGGGGUUCAUCAUCCACCGCCGCCGGGUCCCACCUUGGAGUACUACUCCACUCCUCGGAUUGCUGACAUCCGCCCGGUCAUCCUCUACCCGCCUAUUCCAGCAAACAACUUCGAGAUCAAGCCAUGCUGGAUUCAGCUCAUUACAUCUUCUAUCCAUUUCCAUGGCUUGAAGGAUGAGGAGGCCAGGGUGCAUCUUUCCCGUUUUCUGCAGCUGACGAACGGGUUCAAGCUGAAUGGUGUCCCUGAUGAUGCAAUCCGCCUUCAUCUCUUCCCCCAUUCUCUGGAGGGGAAUGCUAAGAGGUGGUUGGAGACCCAGCCCCCACUGUCCAUCACCUCUUGGGACGAUCUGGCUGACAAAUUCGUGCACAGGUACUAUCCGGCAUCGAAGACUACAGAGAUCCAGCGGGAGAUCACUCACUUCCUCCAAGAGCCAGAUGAGUCACUUCGUGAUGCUUGGGAGCGGUACAUGGGAUACUUCUGGCAGUGUCCCCAUCAUGGCUUUAGCGAUGCUUUCACAGUGGGGAACUUCUACAGUGCUCUCUCUCCAGACAGCCAGAGGGUGAUUGAGUCUCUAUGCCCAGGAGGGGAUAUUCUUACUAAGACUCCACCCGAGCUGAACCAGAUGAUCAAUACCUUGGCUGCCAGAGAUCAUUCCUGGGGACAGAGUAGCAGAGGAAGACAUUCCCGGGACCGUGGUGUGCACGCCAUGGAGACCAGAUCCGGGCUCGAGCAGCAGGUAGCUGAGCUAGUGCAGACAUUGAAGCAGCCCAACAGUCUUAUUCCGGGCAGAGGUUUGGCUACACCUCCAGUUGUUCAAUGUCAGUGGUGUGAGAGCUCGAAUCACUUAGUGGAAGACUGCCAGGCUAUGAGGGAGUCUACUACUCCCCAAGAGCAGUUGGACUUCAUCGCCAAUGCUCGGCGCCUCGACCCGUACAGCAGCACAUAUAAUGAGGGGUGGCGCCAGCAUCCCAACUUGGCCUGGAGCAGCAACACCACUAAACCACCUGGUUUCCCAGCACCAGCCGGUGGUUUUCCGCAAAGGCAGCCCUUCCAGGCUCGACAGGGGCCAGCCCCACAGCAGCAGCCCUACCAGCCUAGGCAGGGGCAACCAUUCCAGCAGCCCCAACGCCAGUUUGCUGAGCCAGCAGCAGCUCCAGCCCCAGAUGACCGGAUGACAAAGCUGGAAAAUAUUCUAGCCUCAUUCAUGACUAGCACUCAGGCAGCUAUCACGUCACUGGAGGCAGGUCAGCGGAACCAGGGCGCCAUUUUGCAAGAUCUGCAGACCCAGGUGGGCAUCUUGGCCCGCCAAAACACUACCAGGGCACCGGGGACUCUGCCUGCCACCACUAUCCCGAAUCCUCGGGAUCCUCACCAGCUCCAGCAGUUGGAUGCCAUUUUUACCAGGAGCGGUAAGACCAUAUCUGCUGAUCCUGUCCCGGCCAGACAGGAGGAACCAGUACCUGCUUCAGCACUUCCAGCCGACGAUGCAGAAGUGCGGGUGGAGAAGGAAGCUCCUGCUCCCAAGCCACAACCAGUGGUUAAGGAGCAUGUACCCCAGCUCCCCUUCCCCACUCGCCUACACAAAGACAAGCUGGAGACUGAGUUUGCCAAGUUUAUGGCAAUGUUGAAGCAGCUCAACAUCAGCAUACCGUUCGUGGAGGCACUGUCGAAGAUGCCCAAGUAUGCCAAGUUCAUGAAAGACCUCCUCACCGACAAGAAGAAACUUGGGGAUCUUUCGACAGUGAUGCUCAGUGAGGAGUGUUCUGCUAUCUUGCAGAACAAGCUGCCCGAGAAGCGAAAAGACCCAGGGAGUUUUACUAUCCCUCUUACUAUUGGCAGCAUGCAUGUAGGCAAGUCCUUGGCGGACCUAGGCGCUAGCAUAAACGUCAUGCCAUAUAAGUUGUAUAAAAAGCUAGACCUAGGUGAACUUAGCCCUACUAGGAUGAGCAUUCAGCUGGCUGAUCGUUCCAUUGUGCAUCCUAGGGGAAUCAUAGAGGAUCUGCUUGUCAGUGUCGGUGCAUUCACAUAUCCUGUUGAUUUUGUUAUUCUUGAUAUACAUGAGGAUGUGGAUGUACCUUUGAUUCUGGGUAGACCAUUUCUUGCCACUGCCAAGGCACUUAUUGAUGUGCAUGAUGGUAAACUGAUCCUGCGUGCUGGGAAUGAACAGGCUACUUUUUCUGUGACUGAAUUUGAUCACUGUGCUAUGAUUGCUGUCACACCUGUGCAUGCCAUUUCUGAUCAGGUACACGAGCCUGUCGUGUAUCCUUCUGCACCUCUUAUUUUGCAGGACCCUCCUAUCAUUCCUUCGCUGCCACUCCAUCCAGCCUCGCCUCCGAACAAAAAGAUCAAGGAGGAGUGGCGGCCGAAGCAGCAGGUUGCCAAGCCUGCACGGAAGAACGGUGGAGACCACUAUGAGCUGAUCCCACCUCCUGCACCACGACCACCCUGGCCGUCCGGGUACUCACUCGCCUGCAUCUUGCCAGAUGGCCAGGUCGAGCUGACCGAUGAUGGUGGUCGCAUCCGUCGGGUGCAUGGCCACAACCUGAAGCUGUACCUCAAGAGCGACGUGGAUCCGCUCUUGGAGGCACCUGUUCCUGCACCUCCCUGAGGAUCCGCUCUUGGUUUUGGUUUGUUUUCUUUUGUUUUGGAUGAUGUCUUAUUGGGCUGACAUUGGACCUAACAUAUUGUGCUUGAGCUCUUUGGUUUCCUUUAGCUGUGCUUGGCUUGACUGAUCCGCUUCCAGUCCCCUACAGUCCGUGCAUACCGGUAACAUCGUUCCCCUUUCCCUUCCCUCUUCUCCAUUGAGGGCAAUGUCGAUCUUAAGUGUGGGGGGAUGUUUAUCUUUUGACUGCAUUAGACCUGUUUGUGUGCUUGGAGCCUAGUCCAAUGUCCAAAUUUUUAAAUUUGAGGGCUCCAAGUACGUGUUCCUUGCAAUUGCCUGCUCAGUAUGCUUUGAAUUGACAGUCUUUAUAGUAAUAUGCAACCUAGGGAGGUAGUGUAGCACUAUGGAGGAUGUUGAUGCAUUUAAGAAUUCUCAUUUCUUCUUCAUAUUGUGUUGGUUGAUUGAGUGAAUUAGUGAUCUUAGGACCCUUGAAUUGUGUGGUGUUGUGGACUCUCUACUUUUCAUGGACUCUUGUAUCAUGUUUUGAAAAUAACAGGUGCUCGAAAAUGUGCUUUAGAAUAACGUCUCCCGUGCGAAUAGGGCGGAAGUGUGUGAGGGGAGACGGGAAUUCGUUCCCAAUUGCCACCUACUACCUCCAGCCCCCUUACAUGUCUUUCCCCCGCACGAGGCUCGAGACAUCCGCUCCUGGCAUGGCCGGUAAGAGCAGGUUGGGACCCUUGAAAAAAAGAGAAGAAAAAAAUAACAGAAAACAAGCAAAACAGAAAGAAAAGGGGUUCCAACCAUCUUCAAGAAGAAAAUAGAGCACCUUGAAAAAUGUGAGUCCAUGAUCCUUUGUUUUUGAGAAUUUCUUCAUCCACAAUUCAUUUGUCCUCUGUUCACUAUUUGCCAUGAUGCCGACUCGAUACUAGUGCUCUCGGCGAAGAAGCUAUGAGAUGACUUGUGCGUCGGUUGACCUCGUAAGCUGCUAAAUGAUCUAGGAAGUCCUCUACCUACGAUCUGGGUUGUUUGUUGCUAUAGAGGUCUGGAGAGUUGCAUUGGUUUGAGUUAGGUUUGCUUGGAGACAAGCAAACGGUUAAGUGUGGGGGAGUUUGAUAACGAUGUAAUUGCACAUAUUUGCGCCCCUAGUUCUUAUCCGUUUGAGGGGCAUAGUCGUGUAUUUUUGGCCUAUUUUACGCCGGGUUGUGCUAUUUUGUCAUAUUUCAGGUCCCAGACGUCAAAGGAAAGGCUAAGCACGAGUUUCGGGGCAUUCAGAAGUCAUUUCGUCGAGCUGGAGCCAAAACACGGGCACACCUAAAACAAAACACGGCCGUGUUCUGUGACCGUGCUUUUACUGCCGAGAGCUAAUUGAGUUUGGCAAAUUCAAGCCAAAACACGGGCUGAAAGCACGGCCGUGUUCUCCCAAAGCACGGCCGUGUUUGCACCAACACAUUGGCCGUGUAAUUAACCCUAGCUAAAGCA